UCCGCUACCAUGAAAACCUCAAGAUUAAACCUUUUCGUAUCGGUCAUAGCACUUUUAUUCUGUAUACAUGGUUUCAUUGGAACAGUCUCGUUACCUCUAACUCCGCGUCUACUGAAAGGCGGUCAAUUCCAAUUCCUUACAAAUAUUUGUCUGUUGUUGAGUUGCAUUGUCCUUACUUUGGAUCUAUUUUUCCCAGACUAUACACCAAAUCUCAUUUGUGUUGUAUCUAAUAUGGAGUUUGUAGUAACCACCGCUUAUUGGACCUUGAUUAUAUUUUUUGCAAACAUGCUUAAUACCGCUGAUUUCAGUGUUCCGCUACUUCUUGAUCUUGAAAUCCAUCUAAUUCCUUAUCUAGCUCUUUUGUUUGCUCGUAAGAAGUCUACCUUGUCCUUUAUACAAGCUACAAGAGCCACUUUUACUGUGAUUUGUGCUUAUUGGUCCUUCAUAGAAUAUAAUGCCCAAGUUCGUGGUAUUCGGUAUCCAUACCCAUUUUUAAAUGAUGCUAGUCAAAUUCAUAGAAUUGGAUGGAUGUUUUUAUUUGGAAGUGUUGCAUCAUCAAAUUAUUUUAUUCAAAAGAAACUUAUAUAG